AUACAAGCACAGGAGCGCCUCAAAAACCCCAGAGGCCCGAUGCCUUCACUAGGGAGGGUGAGGAGGAGGGAUGGACAAACCCCAGAGGAGGGAAGAAUGAAGCCAGGGGACGCAAAACCCACUGGGGCUCGGGAAGCCCGCGACAGAAGCGAGAAGGCCGGAUGGGAGGGCGGAGGCUCCUGCGACGAGCUGGCCGGAACCGGAGGCCUGGGCCGCAGAUUGGGGCAGACGCGGCCCAGGGCGUCCACAAGCAGCCUCCAGCCCGCCGCGGCCGGCCGCAGUGCAGGCCGCGUAGCGCGAACAGCAGGGCUGCGCUGCGGUCCCCCGGCCCCAACGGCCUCUCCAUGGGCAGCGCCCGGGGUGCCCCGCGUCCCCUCACCUGGAGCGCGGCGGAACCCGCAACAGUGGACGCAAGAACCGGCCGCAGCGGAACCGAGGGCGACCGGAAGUGAAAAACGGAGACCGGAACCGGCUAACGAACCGGAAGUUCAGGCUGUGCCUUUCCUGGUCCUUUGUCUAGAGAGAGCAGGCUUUUGGGAGCAGUUUUUGUCUGAGCCUGCUGGCAUUUCUAGGUUGCCUGCAUCUCCAGCACCCAGUCUGAGGAAUAUGAAGCAAAAGGAAAACCCAGGGAACUCACUGCCAUGUCUUUCAAGACAAUGCACCCCCUUUUUGUCUACACCCAGGGUGGACCAUUCUAGUUGCCUUCUCCUUGGUGUGCCGCUGAGAGUUUGGAAGUCUCCAGCCUCCUUUCCUUAUUCUUUUCUGCCUUUCAGGGAGCUUAUUGAGUGCCAUGACAUUAGGAGAGAGGAAUCUGGUCUCUGACAGCAUCCAUUCAAGCUAAUCUCUGCUGUGAAGUUCCUCGUCCCCUCAGUUUCACAGGAACAGCCUACAUACUGGCCUCUGCUGUCACCUCGUGGCUCCUGUCCAGAGGCCCCUCCAGGCACUGCUCUGCCUUGUUCCUUCCAAAUACCCUGUAGACCUGAAACAAUCCAUUCUGCUGUUCCUGCACCAUGCUGAGCUAUUCUCAGAAAAUCCUUCUAACACCCAAUGUGUGAUAUGAUAAAUAAAAUAUAUAUAUGUA